AAUAUCCAAUAUCCAAUGGGACUGGAAAAAAAACAUAAAAGCAUCAAAUGGAAUAUACCUUUUAAGAAUUUGUCAGGUCUAUAAAGACAGAGACAUCUCACUCAAUGGAUCCCUCUUUUACUAAACACAACAACAACAAAACUCAAAACAUACUAUGACUUGCAGCCAAAACAACAACAACAACGACAACAAGUACCAGAUCUGCGAAGAGAUCGGUCGUGGACGCUUCGGAACCGUCACUCGCGUCUACGCGCCAGCCACCGGUGAUUUCUUCGCAUGCAAAACCAUCGAUAAAAGCUCCCUCACCGACGCGCUCGACCGCGCGUGCAUCGACACCGAGCCCAAACUCAUGGCUCUCUUGUCUUACCACCCGAACAUCAUCCAAAUCCACGACCUCGUCGACACGGACUCCACCCUCUCCAUCUACAUGGAGCUAGUGGACCCCUCCGUCUCCAUCUACGACCGCCUCGUCUCCUCCGGGACCUUCUCCGAGUCCCAAACGGCGUCGUUCGCCAAACAGAUCCUCCAGGGGCUCUCGCAUUGCCACCGGUACGGCGUCGUUCACAGGGACAUUAAACCGGAGAAUAUUUUACUUGAUCUUAGGAACGAUGCGGUGAAGAUCUGUGACUUCGGGUCCGGGGUUUGGUUGGGUGAGGGAGAGACCACCGAAGGUGUGGUGGGGACGCCGUAUUACGUGGCGCCGGAGGUUCUGAUGGGGUGUUCUUACGGUGAGAAGGUUGAUCUCUGGAGCGCGGGUGUUGUUUUGUACACGAUGCUCGCCGGAGCUCCGCCGUUUUACGGGGAGACGGCAGAGGAGAUUUUUGAGGCCGUGCUGAGAGGGAACUUGAGGUUUCCGCCGAGUGUGUUCAGAGGUGUGUCGUCGAUGGCUAAAGACUUCUUGAGGAAGUUGAUGUGUAAGGAUGCUUCUAGAAGACUCUCAGCUGAACAAGCUCUCAGGCACCCAUGGAUUCAAAGAGCAGGGGAAGCAGAGGAAAGAUUCAUCUAGAAAGAUUCGGAUAUAUAAGUGAAGAGGGGAGAAUAAGUUAAUGUAGUAUUAAUAAGUAAUGAGAGUGCUUAUCGCUUUUUCUUGGUCUUGGUCUAGGUCUGACAGUAACAUGUGUGUGGGAGUAUGUCGGCAUGUAAAUGGGUGGGUUUGCUUUGUAUAUUAUGCCUACUCACAUGGUAAAAGGCUCUUCUGGAAGAACGCAUAAAAAAAAGGAGCUAAAUAAAUAAAAAAGAGGUUGCUGCCAAGUUCCAAGCUGGCUGGCUUCUUCUGAGUGAUGUUUGGCAAUGAGUUUUUUCUUCUUUCGUUUUGUGAAAUGUUGGCUUUUGCUGUUUAAGUCCUUUAGGGUAGUGUAGUGUAGAGGAUAACUAUCUUUUUCCGCCUUUUAGUGUUUUAUUUUCUGCCUUUGAGGUGUGUAAAAGGAUGAGAGAAAGCAGAGUUGUACUCUUCUUUUCCUUGCUUUAUCAAUAAAUAAGUUAUGUAUGCUUUUGCUUUUCU